AUGAGUUUAAGUACUUUUAACGCCGAAGAAGCUGAAAAUUUGGACGAUAUUGAGAAGCAAUUUGCUGUCAAGGCAGUGACACAAGCUGAAACUUACUGGAAUCUUCUCACCAAAAUUCCUGGCACAAAACUCAAGCUUACUCCUUACGAUGAUGAGAUUUUUGAGGCUUUAUUGAAGGACUUUCCAGAGUUUGAAAAUCCAGAAUAUGCCAGCAAGAUCAAUGAGGACGAAAUGAAAUCUCUGAGCGGUAAAGAGAGAUGGAGAAAGUUCAUGAAACCUUUUGAAGAAAAGAUCGACGACUUCAAUUUUGGAACCUUGCUCAGAACUGACAGUUCCAAAGAGUACGACCAAGAAGGAACUAUUUUCGUAGUCCGUCUACAGUUCUACGCCAUCGAGAUAGCUCGUAACAAGUACGGACUCAACGAUUGGAUAUCCCAAAAAUAA